AUCUGAAAUGCACGCCAAAAUCGUUCGACAUCACAGAUCGUAGUAGCGCAUGCGCUACCAUAACCAAAACAAACCACCAUUAGCCAUGGCCUACCCGGUCGUCCUGGAUGCUCGCUACCACCGUACAUAUACUUCCGAUUGCAAACACUCACACUCACAUAUUCCCAACCAAACUGUCAUCUGGAUACCGUCACUGCGGUCAGAAUCCAUCCAAGGUAUCCAUCGUCGACCAGCUAGGAGGGAAAAAAGGAUGGUUUCAUAGGUUUUGGAGCAAAAAAGUUUCUGAUACUCAGUUCCCGCUUGGACCGAAUUGACGCGAGAAAUGUGAGGACUUCGUCGGAACGAAUCGAACACAGGAGGAGAAGCGUGCUGUAUAUCCACUUGGUAACAGAGUGCUUCAGCAGGACGUUGCCAGCUUUUCUAAGUGCACGGGGAAUAGUAAAGCCAACAACAACUACGGCAGCAUGUUGUGUACGGCGCUAGGAAUUGUGCUCGGUGUGGUCGGCCUGCUGUAUGCCUUGUUUGAGCUGCACUACUUUCUGCGGAUGUGCCUUUGCGUUGUGUCGGCGCGCUAUCUCAAGAAGCGAAUGCACAUUCUGGACACGGGAACUGUUGCGGGUCUCUGUCUAACGAAUGACAUCGACACGCUGCUGUACCACAUGAACAAUGCGCGCUAUCUACGAGAGAUAGACUUUGCACGGGUAGAUUUCUACGAACGGACAUCCCUCUACCGGACGAUCCGCAGUAAAGGAGGAUCCGUAGUGCAGGGUGCCACCACCAUACGCUACCGGCGCUUUAUUCGUCCCUUCACUCGCUUUACGAUCAGCUCCAGGAUCGUAUACUGGGACAAUCAAUCCAUCUUCAUGGAGCAUCGGUUUCUGGGCGGUACGGACGGAUUUAUCCACUGCAUAGCCCUCUGCCGGCAGCGUGUGAUGCAAUGUUCGGUCGAGGACGUAAUGGCGACGCUGCUCAAGAGUGGCAUCAGUCUGCAGAGCGCCACGAAGAAGCUACCGGCCACCACCACCAGCUCGACCGAGUAUCUGGAGAAGGUGGAAACGGGUACGGGCGGUGUUGAUCCGGCCAGCCUUUCCAAGCCCGAUCUACCGCCCGAGGUGGCCAAAUGGCUCGAAUGGAACGAUAUCUCCAGCGCUAGCUUACGCAGCGAAUGUUAAGGGAACACAUUGUUCCCAAUGUCCGAGACAUUCCAGAGCGUAGAGGGCACUACUUCAGAUGUCGUGACGUCUGUUCGUCGUGUCCCGCUUCAAUGUUGUGCACUCCUGCAAACUCCUUACUUCCCACAUCCCAGCGCUAGAAGCGUGGUCGGAGAUUCAAGGGCCAAGUGGUUGCUUUCCGUGUUACCGCACCGUAGGCGCGUACCUAGGCGGAUUUGUGUGCCGCACACUUAGAACACACUCCUCCCGAUCUCGAUGAUCUCACGCACUCGCUAUCUUUCUAUCUCUCUCUCUCUCUCUAUCUCGUUGUUGAUCCUUCUCUGGUAGUUAACAAAUGGCAACUUAUAAGAAUAAAACCUUAAGGCAAUGUGGUCAGCCCCAGUGCGAUCCUUGCUCCAAUUUCAA